CGCGCGCCAACAUGGAGCUACUAAAUGCCACGAAUGUUUCCCGACUGGGGAUCGGGCUGUUGGCGUAUCUCGUCCUGCAGACCCUGUACCGCCUGUACUGGCAUCCUCUGCGCCAGGUGCCAGGCCCCAGACUGGCAGCCAUCAGCAGUCUCUACGAAUUCUACUACAACUGCAUCCAGCACGGCCAGUACCACUUCCAACUCGUCAAAAUGCACAAACAGUAUGGCCCCAUCGUCCGCGUGGGCCCCAAUGAAGUGCACAUCAUCGACCCGACCUUCUACGAAGAGAUCUACAGCGGCAGCACGCGGCGACGCAACAAGACGCCGCAGUACGGCCCGCAGUUCGGGAUGCCGGACUCGCUGUUCUCGACGAUCGACCACGCGCACCACCACGCACGCCGCGCGACCAUCAGCCACUUCUUCUCGAAGCGGUCGAUCCAGUCGCUGUCGCCAAUCACCGAGCGGUGCGUGCUGAAGCUCAUGCAGCGGCUGCAGGAGUUUUACGACCAAAACAAAAUCGUCCGGCUGGACGACGCCUUCGCGGCCAUGACCUCCGACGUGAUCACCUACUACUCCUACGGCGAGAGCCAGGGGUUUCUCGAGGAUGCGACCUUCCGCAGCGAGAUCCGCAACCUGGUCAACGAGCUGGCCGCCACCAGCCACCUCAACCGCUUCAUCCCGCUUCUGUCGACGCUGCUGCGCCGCAUCCCGCCGCGCUGGCUCGCCGCCCUCCAGCCGAGCCGCGCCGCCACCCUCGACUAUCUGGGGAGUAUCUACGCGCUGUCCGCGCAGUCGGCCGUCCCAGACGCCGCAGACGCGGACCGCAAACCCGCGAAGCACGCGACCAUCUUCGCACAGCUGUCGGACCCCAGCAUCCCCGCCAGCGAGCGCACCCGCGCCCGCUUCCAGGACGAGGCGGUCCAGUUCCUGCUGGCGGGCACGGAGACGACCUCGAGUAUUUUGACGUACGCUGCGUACAUUCUAGGUAGCAGGCGGGAGUACGUGGACAGGUUGCGCGCCGAGUUGCGGACGGUGCUGCCGACGCCGACGAGUAGGGCCAGUUGGACCGAGUUGGAGAAGUUGCCGUUUCUGACGGCCAUCAUCACCGAAUCCCUCCGCCUCGCCCCGCCCAUCAUCCGGCUACCCCGCGUCGCACCAACCGAGACGCUCGUCUACAACGGCUACAAACUGCCGCCUGGUACGGUCCUCGGCGCCUCCGCAUGGUUCAUCCACCGCGAUCCGACCCUCUUCCCGGACGGCGACACCUUUGAUCCCGAGCGGUGGCUGCAGGGCGAGAAGAGCGAGCAUCUCCGGCGGUACAUGGUGGCGUUCUCGAAGGGGAGUCGCGGGUGUGUGGGGAUUAAUCUCGCGUACAACGAGCUGUACCUGGCGCUGGCGUACUUGGUGCGCCGGUUCGAGUUCGAGCUGUUCGACACCACGCCCGAGGACAUGGAGAUGGUGGCCGAGACGGUGCUGCAGGUGACGCGCAGGGGGUUUCCGACGGUCUACGCGCGGAUUACAGGGGUGGUGCAGGAGUAAGCGGUCCUUGGGUGGGGAUGAAGUCAUUCUGUUGUGGGCAAACAUUUGUACCAGGAAGUUGAAAGAAAG